UCAGUACCUGUUACCUGUAGCAAGGUUCAUUCCUGCUGCUCCUGUCAGGUUAUUUCCCAGACUCUGAGGGGAGGCUUUGCGAAAUGAAACCAGCUCUGGUCUCACUUGUUUGUUCGAAGCAAUUAGAGGGCAACAAGGCUGUGACGUUCAGAGACCAGCUAUAAUAAUAAUGUUCUGUUGAAGGGUCAUGAGGACUCGAAACGUAAACUCUUUUCCUCUCCGCCGAUGCUGCCAGACCUGCUGAGUUUUUCCAGAUUGGAGAGCCGGUGUGGAAAAGCACAGAGAAAACAAACUGUGCAGGGAAGUGAAUCUGUCCCCAUUCUGCAGCUCAAAUUUCUUCUGAUUCACCUGGACUUGUGCUUCCAGCAAAGAUUGUCAGCAAUUUGACAAGAUGAGACUCUGGGUGAGGUUUUUGACCGGUGAAGAUAUUGAACUUGACGUCGACCCUUCCAUCCAAAUCUCAGCUCUCAAGAUGAUAAUAUACAAAAAAUCCAAUGUGCCCUAUUUCCAACAGCGCCUGGUGGUGCAAAAUGGGAGCACUGUGGAGCUGAAGGACAAGAGGCUGUGUGACUACAAUGUCUCUCCCAGCGAUGCUGUCAUGCUCAUUGUCAAGAACGAGGAGCGGAUGCAGAUUUUCCUCAGGAACGACAAGGGGAAAACAUCUACAUAUGAUGUUCAUCCCUCUGAGUCUGUUGAGGAUUUUAGGGAACGAGUACAAUGGCAGGAGGGUGUCCCAGCCAGUCAGCAGCGUCUGGUGCACGAGGGGAAACAGCUGGAGGAUGGCCGGACACUCGCCGACUACAAUAUUCAGCCUGAGAGCACCAUCUUCCUCAUGCUACGUCUAUGAGGUGGUUAACCUGCACUUGCAGCAGUUAAUAAGAUGAACUCUAGCUGUUACAGAAGUAAAUUAUUUAUAGUGCCUCAAUUGAUCAAUUUUUUUCAUAUACUCCUGUUUUCUCAGCUGCAGUUAGUAAGAGACCUAGGUUGCACAGUCACUGACUUGUCCAUGAUACUUUUGAAUCUUAUUCCUGUCUGCCCCAGUUCCCAUAACAACAGGAAGUUUGUUCAACAGAUAAUGUCUGGCUAGGGAAUGAUACCAACUGAGGCCUGGGUGCAGGUUACCUUCCUGCAUUCUCACCCAAGGAAAGAUGCUGCUACAAGACAUUGGACACAGUUUUUACAAGGGUAAGCAACUUAAUUAACAAUAAGAAGGAAUCGGGGGGAUAGCUGAUGCAAUGUGUUCCAUUCUGACCAGUGACUUUUGAAGCUUUCAUUCACAUCAAUCCUGGCCAGGAUUGGUUCAAAAGUGUGUUCUGUUACACUUAAAGAUUCUACUGAAGAUUUAGGCCAAUAAUGAUCCGGUCCCUGAUCCACAGCUCCAAACUUGUCUCUCAUUCAGUACAAAUCCACCUUCUCACACACAGAGACCAUUAGAUAGCUGAAGUGGCAAUUCCAAAAACCUUUCACUGUAUAGGAGGGGCCUUGCCAAAAAUUCUAACUGAUCAACAAUGAUUGUCGUCCGGCUUCAUUUUAAAAUAACUUAAUUUCAUCUACAAAUCAUUGCUUCAACCUUAAUGUGUUCUUAGAGAAUUGUAUGUGUUUAGCAUUGGAAUGCUUUAAUCUGGGUGCUUAGUGUUGUGUAAGAGGAAAGGAUAUCAGGCCUGCACAUUGUAUUUGCCAAAAUAUCCAGUGAGAUUUGAAAAUAAAGAUGUUC